GAAAUUCAAGUCUGUUUUUUGCAAGCAAGAAAAAAAAAGUUGGCGAAGAAAUGGGUUCAUUUUAAUCUAAGCGAAGAGCUUCUCAUCACGACAACCAUUUCUUCUUUGAAAAGGGGGGGUCGUUUAUCUACGAAUUGUAUAUUAUGAGAAACGCAGAAUUAUUUAGGGAUAAAAGUAAACUAGUUUUCAGAAGUAUAAUAAAUUCACGUGUACGUUGUUCGUUUUCUUUUGCUUUCGUUUUAAUCUAUAAUAUAGCGAGAUGUGUUCGCCGACUAACCCCGCCGCUAGUGGUAUGGCCCACUCCCCGCUGCUAGCGGUUGUUAUCUCUGGCUUUGCUAGUGAACAGAUUUCGGUACAAGCUAGCGGAACACUUGACUAUUAUCAAGCCCCGAAAAGAUGCUCCUCCGGCGGACCAAAACUGUCCAACACUCGGCAAAAAGUCCGGUGAAACUUUGUCCGACUGUGUCCCAACUCGACUGAAGAGGCAGACCCCACAACGGUCUUCAACGAUGCACUUUCGAGGGGGGUGUUAGCAUUGUUUAAUCGGUCCGUAGUACUCCCUGCCGAGGACGACUCGACUGUCUUUUCCUUCUCAUUUUUCCCUUAAAAAAAAUUAUAUUUAUCCAAUUUUCUGGAGCAAGUCCUCGCUGAUGAAUUCACCGAAAAAGGACGCAGAUGAUGAUGUGCCCGUUAAAGACUCGAUCAAAUACGGCGAGCUGGUCAUUUUGGGGUACAAUGGCUCUCUUCCCAGCGGCGACCGCGGGCGCCGAAAGAGCCGCUUCGCCCUGUACCGCCGCGCCAAGGCCAAUGGCGUCAAGCCCAGCGCCGUACACAUCCUCAACACGCCGCAGGACAGCAAGGCUGUGCACAGCAGGGGGCAGCACAGCAUCUCCUUCACGCUGUCCCGCAACCAGACGGUGGUCGUCGAGUAUUGCCACGACAGCAACACCGACAUGUUCCAGAUUGGACGCUCCACAGAGAGUCCCAUUGACUUUGUGGUGACGGACACCUCUGGGGGUGUGAAGGAGGGCGAGGACCCUUCCAUAGCCCCCAGCACCAUCUCACGUUUUGCCUGCCGCGUGGUGUGUGAGCGCCACCCGCCGUACACGGCGCGCAUCUACGCCGCCGGCUUUGACUCCUCCAAAAAUAUCUUCUUAGGGGAGAAGGCGACCAAGUGGAAGAACCCAGACGGCCACAUGGACGGCCUGACCACCAAUGGCGUGCUAGUCAUGCACCCCGACGGCUUCCCCGAGGACCCCAAACAGGGUCUGUGGCGGGAGAUCUCGGUGUGUGGCGACGUCUACACCCUGCGGGAGACUCGUUCCGGGCCCUGCCGAGGCAAACUGGCGGAAGGCGAGAGCAGUGCGCUGCGCGACGGCUCACUCGUGGACCUGUGUGGCGCCACCCUGCUGUGGCGCACGGGCGAGGGCCUCAUGCGCGCUCCCACCCUGCGCCACCUGGAGGCGCUCCGCCAAGAGCUGAAUGCGUCGCGGCCGCAGUGUCCCGUGGGUCUCAGCACGCUUGCCUUUCCCAGCCUGCCGCGCAGCCACAGCCUUGAAGAACGUCAGCCCUGGGUCUACCUCACCUGCGGCCACGUCCACGGACGCCACGACUGGGGCCAGAGGUCCGAGGGGGGCGAAGAAGAGCUCUUAGAAGGCGAGGGCUCCACCACGCGGCGGGAAUGCCCGUUGUGCCGCAGCGUGGGCCCCUACGUGCCCCUGUGGCUGGGCUGCGAGCCGGCCGUGUACGUGGACGCCGACGCCCCCACGUACGCCUUUGUGCCGUGUGGCCACGUGUGCUCAGAGAGGACAACCAGGUACUGGGCGGACACCCCGCUGCCCCACGGGACGCACGCCUUCAGACCCGUGUGCCCCUUCUGCUCUGCCGCCCUCAGCACCCCCGGGUGGACGCGGCUCAUCUUCCAGGGUCCCAUCGACUAGCCGCGACACAAAGCUCCCUUCCUUCCUUUUUUUUUAACCGUAUGCAGCUCCUUCCCUUAUUUCUCGUACUGGAUUUGGUGAUGGAUUGAGGAUCUGGACUUUAGGCAACUCAACGUGACAGAAUGAUCGAUGCGCUCACUCAUUACCUCGGAAGUCUCCGCACCUCGAGUCUGCUGGUUUUCAUCCCGCACAAGCUGGACCGUCUCGUAAAGAAAAAAAAAAACGUUUUAAUAAGUCAUGUUUUUUUUUUUUGUAGCACUGUAGCAGGGCAACGAGACCCCCGUGCUCACAUGAUGCUUUGUAGCGCGUCACCUUUUGUGGAAUGAAGGCCAGCAGACAUUUAAGAGCAUACUUGUGGGGGGCCUUGGCCCCGACAAUGGAGGUGAUGUGGACGGACGUUUUUACUCUAUUUUGAACGGAACACUCACACGAAGGUAAAGUCACAAUAUUCUGCACCAAAAUUCUUUAUAUUUAUUCAUACUGGUCCGCCAUUUUAUGAUGCAAUUCACAUGUUGAAGAAUAUCCUGCACAUUCACAUUCCUUAGUUUCCCAACAUUUCUCAUUCAUUGUUCAGCAUUUUAGUUUAGUGUCAGCACUGCGGUGUUCACAUUUCUUUUCUACAGGAAUAGCGUUUUCUAUUCUUUCGAUUGAAAAAUGUGUGCCAUUCACAAUCUCAAACCACAUAUGUCAAGACCGUCGUAAAACGGGGGCCCUCUGCACAGUAUGCGCCCGGACCAGAUCUCAAGCCCAUCAUCAAGCAGAUCGAGUAUAAACAAGGGCUUGGACUCCCAACAAACUCGGUAAGAUCCACUUUACACACACACAUACACACCAAACUCCCUGAAGCAAUAACACCACUCGUUCUUGUAUAAGCUAAGAUCUCACGCUAGGUUUUAGCCAAGCGCUAGACUAGCUGCGGUCGCCUCCCCCCCCUUUAUGAUAUGUUUUGUCUGGGCAGACUCUUCUCAUAUCCAUGUCCCUCAUUGAAAAAUCUGAAAACAAUACAAAUAUAUUCUUACAUCCUGAUUAAUACCCAACACACUUCUGGUUUCUUCACCACUGCUAACAGGGUUCCUUUUUCAAGUAUGUGACCGUGUCGGUGUAUCCAAAGCUUAACCUAAAAAAAAAAAAAAAAACAAUCUUUUCUUUUUUUCCUCCCCCUCUCUACUACAUUGUGGGCGUCUGCGUGUGUCAAAGAAAAGUUAUUUUGUUAGGAAAUAUGGUCUAGUGUUUGGGUAAAAACAGAUAUAUCCAUAUAUAUAUAUAUAAAUACAUAUAUUAUUUUUGUAUUGGAUUCAGUUGUUCAACUUGGUGGAAGAGCAGCGUAUGGUCUGGGAUGUGUUAGACGUAGCAGAGCCCAUGAGUGUGAAAAUGUGUCAACACUGUGUCUCUCGCUCAGACAAAAAAAAAAGAUACAUAGAUUGACACAGUGCUGCCGUUGCUCGGACAUUGAAUGUAGCCGACCAUACAGGCUAUGUGUGUAUUAGCCUCCCUGGUGCUCUUAUUGAAUGGUCUAUAUUGUGAUACUAUUUUUGUAAGUGAAUAUGACAGUGUAGCCCCCCCUCCCUCCCCCCAGCUUGAAUAUAAUAACUAUGUAUGGAAGAGUGGAUACACUCGUGUGUGUGUGUGUGUGUGUGUGUGUGUGUGUGUGUGUGUGUGUGUGUGUGUGUGUGUGUGUGUCACUUGCAUGUACACACGUGCACACACAGUAUGUACGCUGCACUUCAAAAUACGUUCCCGUCUCCGCCGCCUUUUGAAAUCACGCUGGGUGUUUGACGACUUAAGAUGUCUUCCGAGUCUUCUUCGGCUGUUCAAUGUGCAAAAAUAGAAGAGAAGAAAAAAAAAAAUCCUCAUACUUGACCAAUGUUUGGAAGUGAGAGUCACACACUUUGUACUGUAACGCUAAGAAUAUUUGCCGCCAACUCUGCUGCAGCAUUAGAGAAAUUCAGCCCACGUUUGUUUCUCUGUUUUGAUUGUGUCACUCAUGCGUUUUCCAGCUUGUUGCUCACUCACAAAGCCAGCACAGCGUCGUUGCCGACAUAUGAACCACGGAACAAAAUCUUGAGUUCGAAUUCCAUUCAACAUUUUGAAAAUGCUUGAUGCAAACAAAAAAAAAAAGUGGUACCAUGGUUUGGUUGAGAAUAUUUACAAUUGAAAUUACUUCUAUUUGGAAAUGGCUGACUUUCUGUUCAAUUUCGAGCUAAAAUACGCGAACACGUUUUCGUGCGCGUUCUUACAGUGGAAAAGUGCACCAAAUUCACUCGCAGCAUCAGUCGCAAAAUUUGUCCAAUAUUUGAGGCCAAUUUUUUUUUCCAGAAUUUUGGAUCAGACUCCUAAUUUUGACCAUCGAGGUACCAUUGCGUGUUCCACAAUUUGAGCUUGGUUUAUAAUUUUAUUUUAUUUUUUAAUGGUUAUUGUCACUCAGGAUUUAGUGUGGCACGCAGUGAUUUCACUACACAACACUUCAAACGUGAGAGCAUUUAUCUGCUACUGUAGACAGUAUCCAGCUAUUUACGGGUUUUAAUAAAAGAAUCGAACUUUGCGCGAACCUGCCAAAAAAUAAAACGUCGUAUACAGUGUUGGCAUGUGGAUGGAAGAACUGUUGGAGCACCUGUUUUUUAGUUUUAGAUUCCUAUUUUCAUUUACUUUUAAGCGUUCAUUAUCGAUUUCAGUCCUUUAGUUUUCACAUGUAGCUUCUACUAGAUGCAGAAACAGUAUUUACUUUUAAUUGUUUAGCACUUCUUUAGCAACUUGAUGUGUCAUUUGACCUUCAUUUCAAGACUCCCACAUGUAUGAAACCGUGAACCCACCUCACUUUUUUAUUAUGCAUUUUUGAAGAUCUACAAACCAUGUACAGCUCCUUUUUUAUUAUUAUUAUUUUACAAUCGUAUUCCUCUGUAACCGAAUGGUGCACAGACAAUCGCUCUACACAUGUCAAUAAACUGUUGAAAAGUGC